AUGGAUCAACCACCAGAAGAGGUCCAACCCGCAAAAACCUUCUACUUCAAAAACCUCCUAACCAUCCCACUCUUCUUCGCGACACUCGUCGACGGUCUCUUCACCCACCUCCCUCUCCUCUCCCAAUUCAACCCCUCCCCAUCUGCUUCUUCUCGUUUUGUUCUUUUGAUAAGCACUUCUCCUUUUAAUGUUUAUUCCAGCAUCGACUCCUCCCAAUGGACCAAACUCCUCGUCUUCCCAUUCUGCUACCUCGUCAUCCUCUUUGCUUUCCCUCUCCUCUCCGCCAUGGUCUCCACCCCCGUUGCCUCUCGCGAGCGCCUCUUCAUCACCCACCUCUGGGUCUCGCUUGCUAUGUUUGUUUACAAUGUUGCAGUUUCCGGGUCAGCCCUCGUCUUGGUCGCAAUCAAUGCCCAUAACUUGGGUUUGCAGCUGGUUUCCGCCUUCGUUCUGGGUUGCUUUGUGUUUCUUGUUGAUGAUGUGACGUUGUGGCGCUUGGCUUCAGUGCUUGAACCGGAUCAGGGAGUCGCUGCGAUGAAGAGGAGCUAUCUGUUGAUUUGUGGCGUUAAUGCGGUUUUCGCUUAUCUGUGCAUGGGCACUGAUUUGGUUAUCCUAAAAAAGAACUGA